AUGCCUCCACUUAAUAAGUCUAUGUUUUAUAAUAGGAAACAAGUACCAACUGUAAUUUUACAAGGUAUAGUUGACGCUGAACAGAAAUUCAUCAACAUUUUUUGUGGAUUGCCUGGUUCAUUACACGAUGCACGAGUUUUAAGGCGGAGUGUUAUAGGAAACCGACUAUUAAAUAACCCCUGGGAAAUACUAACCCGAGAAUCAUUUAUCUUAGGAGACAGUGCUUAUCCAUUAACCGAAGCGAUUAUGACACCUUAUAAAAAUAAUGGUUACUUAACUCCGGCACAAAUAUUUUUCAACCAAACUCUCAGUAGUUCUAGAGUAGUUGUUGAACAAAGCUUUGGUAAACUAAUUGGCAGGUUUCGAAAAUUAAGAUUAUUAGAUGUAUACCAUAAAAGUUAUUGUGGUUUGAUAAUAACAGCUGCCUGUGUUCUUCACAAUAUCUGCAUGUCUCAGGGUGAUGACAUUGAAGUUGAAGAAUAUGAACAGUAUAUUCCACCUGCAGUACCUGAUACAGGAAAUGGAAUAAAUAAACGAGAUGAAUUAUGUGCAUUAAAUUAUGAACACUAA